GCGGGCGCGCCGCUGCAUCCCCAUCCCCGGCGUAGCUCGGCACAGAGCGAGCGAGCAAGCGGCGACUGGCCGGAGCGGGCGGGCGGGCGCAGCGCAGAGGCCCGGCCAUGGCCACCACCAGCACCACGGGCUCCACCCUGCUGCAGCCCCUCAGCAACGCCGUGCAGCUGCCCAUCGAUCAGGUCAACUUUGUAGUGUGCCAACUCUUUGCCUUGUUAGCAGCCGUUUGGUUUCGAACUUAUCUGCAUUCAAGCAAAACUAGCUCUUUUAUCAGACACGUAGUUGCUACCCUUUUGGGCCUUUAUCUUGCAUUUUUUUGCUUUGGAUGGUAUGCCUUACACUUUCUUGUACAAAGUGGGAUUUCCUACUGCAUCAUCAUCGUAGCAGGAGUGGAGAGCAUGCACCAAUGUUGCUUUGUGUUUGCUUUGGGAUACCUCUCAGUGUGUCAGAUUACUAGAGUCUAUAUCUUUGAUUAUGGACAAUAUUCUGCUGAUUUUUCAGGCCCAAUGAUGAUCAUUACGCAGAAGAUCACUAGUUUGGCUUACGAAAUUCAUGACGGGAUGUUUCGAAAGGAUGAAGAACUGACUCCGUCGCAGAGAGGAUUAGCUGUGAGGCGCAUGCCAAGUCUCCUGGAGUAUGUAAGUUACACCUGCAACUUCAUGGGCAUCCUGGCGGGCCCGCUCUGCUCUUACAAAGACUACAUUGCUUUCAUUGAAGGCAGAGCCUCCCACAUGGCACAGUCAAGCGAAAAUGGAAAAGAAGAACAGCAUGGAAAAGCAGAUCCAUCUCCAAACGCAGCAGUUACGGAGAAGCUCCUGGUCUGCGGACUCUCCUUAUUAAUUCACCUGACCAUCUCCAACAUGCUCCCUGUGGAAUACAACAUUGAUGAGAAGUUCCAAGCCACUGCAUCGUGGCCGACGAAGGCUACCUAUCUGUAUGCCUCUCUCAUGGCUGCCAGACCUAAGUACUAUUUUGCUUGGACCUUAGCUGACGCCAUUAACAAUGCUGCAGGCUUCGGUUUCAGAGGAUACGACAAGAAUGGAGUGGCUCGCUGGGACUUAAUUUCCAAUUUGAGAAUUCAGCAAAUAGAGAUGUCAACAAGUUUUAAGAUGUUUCUCGAUAAUUGGAAUAUCCAGACAGCUCUUUGGCUCAAAAGGGUGUGUUAUGAACGAGCAACCUUCAGUCCGACAAUCCAGACAUUCUUUCUCUCUGCCAUUUGGCAUGGAGUCUACCCAGGAUACUAUCUGACGUUUCUAACGGGGGUGUUAAUGACGUUAGCAGCUCGGGCUGUGAGAAAUAAUUUCAGGCACUAUUUCGUGGAACCCCCUCAACUUAAGUUAUUUUAUGACAUCAUAACAUGGGCGGUAACACAAAUAACAAUAAGUUACACGGUUGUUCCAUUUGUGCUUCUCUCCAUAAAACCGUCGUUCACGUUUUACAGCUCCUGGUAUUACUGCCUUCACAUUUGUAGUAUCUUGGUGUUGCUGUUGCUGCCUGUGAAAAAGUCUCAAAGAAGAAAGAGCACACAGGAAAAUGUUCAGCUCUCACGGGAUAAAAAGUUUGACGAAAGGGAAAAUUCUCUGGGACAGAACAGUUUUUCCACGAUGAAUAAUGUUUGCAAUCAGAACCGAGACACUGGGUCCAGACACUCGGCACUAACACAGUGACUGGGAGAGCACGUGAUAGCUGUCUCCCGUCCGGACAGAAGCAGUCUUGACGCCUUUGCAGAGCCUCCUGUUUAAGGAAGAGAGACACUGGGUGGAAAGGGAUGGUCUCGGAUAGGGGCCUUCCUAUACACUAGAUUGGAAAUGGAAUGAAAUAACCCCCCCAUGCCAUGUUCCUGUGGGUCACGCCUUAUUCCGAAUCUUCCCAUAUUUCAAUAGGGCACUCUGACCUCAGCAUCCGCCUCAAGGUCACACGUGUACCUGUUGCUGAAUGUGCACUGCGUAUCCCAGGCACUGAAGAGGUGGGGAAAUAAUCAUGUCAAUCUGGAUGAUUAACGUUUUCCAAAUGGAUGUCUUGCCUUAAAUCUUCCGUUUCCUAAAAUGUUGUUCCCAGAUGGUAUUUUCAAGUGUAAUAUCGUGAGGAGACGAUUUCAAUAUUUGACAGGGUGUGCUGCACAGAGGAUUGAGGAGGAGUCUAAAACCAGAUAUUUAAGAUCGUGGGUACUUUCAAAAGGCAAUAAACAUCUCAGUAUUUGAAGGGUUUUCUUAAGUUAUCUUAGAGGACUGUAUGCAUGGUGGAACCCAAAGCAGUCAGGGCUUGAUUACAGGAAGCUUAUUUUUCUGGGAGCUUAAUUACCUGGUGUCGGGCAGGAGGCCCUUUCAGGAGGACUUUCUUAAACAUAAUUAAAGGUUGGCAAUGUGAUAUUUUAGGCUUAUUUUCUUAAGAAAAAAAUAAAAACAAGAGGGAAGAUAAGGUAGGAGGCCGGAAGGAGGAAAGCACCGUGCGGCCUGCAGCCAAUGGCAGAGGCUUCCCCCUUCUGUGUCCGAGACCAGUGUGACUGGACGGGACACAGCAGCUUAAUGUUGAAACACUGUGGACUUUCUGAAGAAAUCUCUUGAGCAUAAAUUACAUAGAGUUAGAGGGGGUUAUAAGAGUAACAGUGAUAGAUGAUUUGAAGAUUUUGAAAGAAAUCUUUAGUAAUUAAGGUUCUUGUGUGGUUCAUCAGUUUCUUGUCCCUGUCCCUUUCAUUGCCAUUUGGGAAAGAUUUAGGGAAAAGAAAACUUAGUUGAUGAGUUUAAAUGACUUUUUUUUUUUUUGAAAAUUAAUAAAUUAGUUUCUAUACUCUUUAACUUCAUGCAUUAAAAUUCUUCCAUUAAACUCUUGUUAAAAUGGGUGUUAGAUUCUGUCAAAACAAAUAUGUGUUUUCCUCUUAGGGGGCUACUCUUGCCUUGAGUGACUGGGUUUGUCUUUAAUAGCACAGCAGUGUGGCUUGGGGCUACAGCAGCUGGGUUUGAGGCCAUGCAACUGAACCCGAGACUGUAGAGAGGAAGGCGGGGGCCUUUGGCCUUCACUGCCAUUUUGACCAAUCUUUUUUGUGUGUGAAGUUUGUUUUGGUUUUGCCUUAAAUUUUCAAAUGAAAUGUAAGUUGUCAACCUACGGUGAGUUUGGUUUUGUUGGCUUUUGUCACUAAUACAUUGUAAGUAAAGUUAAGGAAGAAGCAGCAGUAGUGGUGGAAACCUAAAGCUGUCAGAGGACGAGGAAAGGUGCAGAUGCCGCCCUGGCCUUCUUUUGAGAACCUGGAAGCCAUACGUGGCAUGUUUGCUUUUCUGAAGGCAGGUUGCAUCUGAUGAGGAAAGUCUUUUCCUGGCCUCCAGAGUCCUCCCCAUUACUCCUCCCCGAUAUUUACUAGUGUAAAUAUCUUUUCUUAGUUUUCAUUCCCAUGUGUUGAAAUCAUGCUAGCUGUAGAAUUUGAGGAGAAAGAAAAGUGCCCAAAUGUUUCUACGAUUUCGUGAACUUGGUGGAGAAUCCAGUCACAGUUAAAGACAGCAAUCAGGAAAGACAGCCCUGGGCGGUUCCUAAGUGAAGCCAGAGCAGCCGUAGGAGCUGCUGCAGGCUUGAUCCACCUACCCAGCCACUCAUAAAUGACCCCAUUUAUAUCUGCUACCCCAGCACACUUCGUUUCUAAGCUUAUACAUUGAGUCACGGUUGCCUCUUUCCUCUUAAUGGAUUUAUAAUCAUAGUACUCUCAUCCAAAGAGCAUCACUGUCUCCUUCCCAGCACAUACACAGCAUUCCAACUUGACUGACUGCCUUUUUCAUUCUUCUAUAGCUACUAGUUACAUUCAUGAGAUCAUUUUUGGAUGGCUGUCUUCUAAUUUGGAGACAUAAUCAAAAUGCAAUCUAAAAUUAGAUUCUCAUUUUCCCCCUUUAAAACAACCACAUUCUAUAAAAUGAAUGUCUAGUUGGGAUACUGUAAAGAUUCUUUGUACUUAGAAGGAUUUAACACUAAUGUUUGCACUACUGUUCAUUCUGAAGGAGGUCAUUAUACUAUGUGGUUACUUCAUUUAACCUGCAGAACAGGGUUCACUGUGAGCUUAUAGAAUUUUUCCAUUUCUUGAGUAUCCUGAAAUCAUUCUGGAGAUGGUCAAUCUACAUCAUAUUUAUACUUCUGUCCAAUUAUAUACUUACUACUCAGGGAAAAUAGAACAAAAAAAAUAUUCUUCCCUCAGAUCUCAUUUUCUUGAAACAAUAAUUGUCAAUUUGGUGUGUCUCAGCUCACUGUUUUGUUUGUUUCUUUUGUUGUUUUUUUUUUAAUACACAUUUUAAUUGGAGCUCAGAGUGACUGGGGAGGCUUGCUUAGCUUUUAGAGUACUCAAGAGGUGGAGAGAAGGUUCUCUGGGUUUCAGAGAUGCCUGAUUGCUGUGUCUUAGCACGCUGGUCCCUACUGUGGGACACAGGGUGUCGCCACACAUACCACUUUGGAGGAAAACAGUUACAGUGGAGGCUUCUAGAGAGUGAUGGUGAUUUUGUAUGCGUACUUAGUGGCCUGGCUGAUCCUUCUGGCUCUUACCUGGGAGAGCACCACCUCCUCCACCCCCACCCCCAAUCCUGUAGGGCAAAGGGCAAAAGGAAAGGGCAGGUUCAUAAAGGGAACUGGUAACUAUCAAUGCUUUUUAUUACUGGGGCUUGAGGUGAGAUUUUUAAAAGAUGGUUGUCUAGCAACAGGAGGAAUACCUUUUAAUCUAUUAACUCAGAAUGGGUAGCAACAUGCCAUUUCCUGGUUGCUUUCUUUAGUUUCUAUUUCUGCUGAGUGAAACGGGAAGGGAUUACAUGCUCCCCGUAAGUAAUGCUGAUUUUACUAGACAGGGUUUUCCACCAUGUAAUUCUACAGCAAUUAUUUAAUCCAGAGAAUAAAAUUAGCCAUUCUUUUUUUUUUAAUUACAGAAAACAAUUUAAAAUUGCCAUCAAAAUAAUCAUGAAGGUUUUACUUUUGAAGACUAGAUUAGACUUUUAGGACAAACACUUUUCCUACUUGAAACCCAUACCUCAUCAAUGUUCAGCUUGUGUCUUCAUGAGCAAAUUUAGAACAUUGACCUUACUGUUUCCUUAUCAGUUGUUCCUAAGUAUUAGCUCGUUGACUCUUAAGAGUUCCACACUAUAACUGACCCAAACAUUCUUGAGAGAGUAGACAUGUUUAGAAUAAUUGCUUCUGCUGUGUCCACUGAGAUUUGGAUCAAAUGUAUAGUUAUAAACCAGUAUUGGAAAAGGUUUUAUUCAGGCAUUAAUAAUCUACCCUGGCUGAAAUUUAACACACCCAGUUUAACCUAGGUGCAGAAUUCUAGCUUACACUGUGACUGUAACUGUAAGCUGCCUGAGGAUCAUACAUUCCUGGUACAUUCCACCAGUGGCAUCUGAGGAAUGGUUGAUCACUUAUCCGAUUGCCCUCGAGGCUAACUUUCUGCUUACCACUGCCCUUGGAAAAGUGAGUUUGUAUCAGGCUUCUGAAUGCUGAAGGAAGAGAUUUGCAUUUUAAACAAAUCCACUCGGAAUUCUCCAGUUUGAUGGAUCAGAUGUGGCAGCUCUCUCUACAGUGAUUUUCUGUAACACCUUGUAGUCAAAUCUAUUGAUAAUGAUUCUCCUCAUUUGGAAGAAAAUCUAAAAUGAAAUUUUCCACACUGAUAUUUUGUAGGAAUGCUCUUAUCAAUGACGAAGCUGCUUUUCGAGGCUCUUGUUGUACAGAGGAUGCAGCCAAUUUACAUUUUAAUUAGGCUGCUUAAUAAUGUUUUGUAUGUUUUCAGAUAAUAAUUUAUUUUAAUAGGUUUUUAACACAAUGCAAACUCCAGUGAAGAACUGACAAGAAGCCCCAUAGGUCAUUGAUUGGGGGAACAUUGUCAAACAGAACCUGAUGACACAUUUCUAAUGCCAGCUAAUUUGUCUUGCCUUUAAAAUUGGUGGUAACUCUUAAUGCCAUUUUUAUAAAGCAAGGGACAGCCUAUCUGUUCUAUAAACAACCCUUCAAAGAUCCUGUACAACCACUGUCUGAAAGUGAUCCAGUGACACAGAGCCACCCCCAGCUGUGUUUUCUUCCCUGUUGCUUCUGUAACCAGCACUGGGAUAUAAUAUAAAGCCAGAAGUUACAGAGCAAGGGAAGUAAAGGGACUAAGAGAUCUCCGGGAGCAUGUCUGGGAGAGGAGACUGGGGUUGCCUGCUACAAUCUUGGAGUUGCUCCUUGCACAGGCUCUAUUUGGGGAAAACUUCUUUGAGAAAUCAGUUUGCUAAUUGUUUUCUCUGUCCUUUUGUGGGGGAAGGACACAGGUAGAGCAUUUGGCAAACUUAAAAAUAUGUCUCUGUCACCCUUUUAAAUGCCUUUGGUUCUGUCUGUACGCGCCCAUCUGUCACUGAAGUGCAUUUGCUGCUGACUUAAUCUCACACAGAAAGAAUGCCUUCGUUGAAUGGAAACCCAGUCCUGUCUGUCUUGUCAGCUUUAUGUACACGAAGGCACCUCCACACCAGAAGGAGCGUCACACGAGGCAGUAGGAAUAACAGGGACACCGGAUUCCUGGGACAGGAAGGCCCCAUCAUGUUAGAUGACUGGCUGCACACCUGCCUUCUCUUUUAGCUGAACACUAGUUGCCUGACCUGAGGGGAGCCUCAGCUCCCACAGCCAGCGCUGGAAGUGUUUCCGUCUGCCUUCCUGGGUGGAGGUUAUCUUGUGGUGGGCUGUACUUUUUCUUGUUCUUUUAAUUUGAAGAUUGAUUUUUUUUUUAAGAAGUGUUCUUUUUCAGCUGAUCCACAAGUCAGUUGUCUUUGUAUGGCGAAUUGAAACCACACUAUAUCAGACAAGCUGUGACGUGAUUCAUAACCAUUUCCCAUCCUUUGUCUUCAGAGCUGCACAGUGGCUUACUUACUGCUGGCUUUUAAAGGUGUUUUUAACUUACAUGUGGUUCCCCCCCCCCCUUCUUAUUUCUGUGUC